AUAAGUGAGUGAGUGUUAGGGGAGCCCAGGUAAAAACCAGGACACUGUCUUCCUGUGCUAAGACAUUCCCUGAGGAGACGACUGAGCUGAGGACUCCAUACACUUCUGGUCUUCUGCACCUCACAUGAAAAGAGCUGGACCACUAUGAGACUUAUUUUCUAUUUGAGUAUCCUUGCUGGGACAUCUUUCUUUGCUCACUCAUCUGAGCAGAAAGAAGACCCUGCUCCCUAUUUGGCAUACCUCAAGUCUCACUUCAACCCCUGUGUGGGUGUCCUCAUCAAAACCAGCUGGGUGCUGGCCCCAGCUCACUGCUACUUACCAAAUCUGAAAGUGAUGCUGGGAAAUUUCAAGAGCAGAGUCAGAGAUGGAACAGAGCAGACAAUUAACCCCAUCCAGAUCAUUCGCUACUGGAAGUAUAAUGACAGUGACCCACAGGAUGACAUCAUGCUCAUUAAACUGGAUAGACCAGCCAUACUCAACCGCAAAGUCCAGCUCCUUCCCCCUGCUACAAGGAAUGUCUCGCCAGGCACCAUCUGUACACUCUCAGGUUUAGACUGGAGCCAGAAAAACUCCGGCAGACAUCCUGACUUACGGCAGAAUUUGCAGGGCCCAGUGAUGACUGAUAAAGAGUGCCAGGAAACUGAACAAGGAAGGAACCACAGGAACUCUUUCUGUGUUAAAUUUGUGAAAGUAUUCAACCGAAUCUUUGGGGAGGUGGCUGUUGCUGCUGUCAUCUGCAAUAAAAAGCUCCAGGGGAUAGAGGUUGGACGCUUCAUGGGAGGGGAUGUUGGCAUUUACACCAAUGUUUACAAAUACAUAUCCUGGAUAGAGGAUGUCACUAAGGACAAGAAAAAAUAAUACCCUGCAUCUCCUUGUACAUCCUACUGUGUAUCGCUGACUAUACAGGCCUACAGUCUCUCUAAGACUGAAAUAAAACCUCCAGAGAGAUACUCUGGGAUGUAGC